CUAAAAAGGGCAAUAGCGUCAUUGUGUUAUUUAUAUAAAUCGCUCAACCCUACACUCUUUCUUGUUUCUUUUCUACUCGCCGAAUUUGCUUCUGCAGCUCCUGUGAAGAAGAAGAACUGAAUCCAGAAACAGGUAUGGGUGGGGAAAUCAAGGCAGAGACUAUGAUUCCAGAGCAUGUCUUGAAAAAGAAUAAGAGAGAUGAACAAUGGGCUCUGGCAGCGAAAACUGCCCUAGUAGCUCAGAAGGAAAAGAACUCUGAAAACAGAAAGCUCAUCUACAAGAGGGCUGAGCAGUAUGCUAAGGAAUACUCAGAGCAGGAGAGGGAAUUGAUCAGGUUGAAACGUGAGGCUAAGCUAAAAGGAGGAUUCUAUGUUAACCCUGAAGCCAAAUUGCUUUUUAUUGUCCGUAUUCGUGGUAUUAAUGCUAUGGACCCAAAGACCAAGAAGAUAUUGCAGCUUUUCCGUUUGAGACAGAUCUUCAAUGGUGUAUUUCUUAAAGUGAACAAAGCUACUUUACAGAUGUUGCAAAGAGUUGGGCCAUAUGUAACUUAUGGAUACCCAAAUCUCAAAACUGUCAAGGAAUUGAUCUACAAGAGAGGUUACGGAAAGCUGAACAAGCGAAGGACAGCCUUGACUGAUAAUUCUAUCGUUGAACAGGGUCUUGGCAAGUACGGCAUCAUCUGUGUUGAGGAUUUGAUUCACGAGAUCAUGACUGUCGGCCCUCACUUCAAGCAAGCCAACAACUUCUUAUGGCCAUUCAAAUUGAGUGCUCCUCUAGGUGGUUUGAAGAAGAAGAGAAACCACUUCGUAGAAGGUGGUGAUGCUGGUAACCGUGAGGACUACAUCAACAAACUUGUCAGGAGAAUGAAUUAGACAGUUGUUACUCUUGGUAUUUUUAAAAUUUUGGCUUUCUCAGUUUUUUGUAGCAGGUUUGGGUUUUAAGCUUAGACUUUUUGGCAUUCAAACCAGAGAUAGCAUUUAAAAUGUUGUUCAGUUUUCACUUUUCCUUUGUGUUGACGUUGAAAAGGAAGAAUUAUUUAGAUCUGAUUUAUUAUAACUUAUGAGAAGACUUCAUUAUCUAAGUCUGUGGCAAACAGUACAGUUUCUCC